ACAAACUUUAAAACUUUGCUUAGUUUUCUAAAACAUUUCUAGAAAUAAGAAACCCUACUAAGCACCAAUGACUUAAUGGAGAAUGUAGAAAGCGAUGGUUUGUUUUCCAUUACGUAGCUUUCCCUCUCGAUUGCCACCUUUCUUAAACCGUUUACCAAAAACACUAAUAAAUAUCAUAUUCAUUUUCCCACUCCUCAAACUAACAAAAUCUUAACCAACAAUGACUUUUUCUCUCCCACAUCAUCCCACCAUUCUGGCCCCGGAAUUCGUCCGCCACCAUGACGACCGUCCAAAGGUCCCUUACAACCAAUUCAGCGAUGAAAUACCCAUCAUCUCCCUUUCCGGAAUUGACGACAACGGCGAACGCAGGGCCAUGAUUCGCCACAGCAUUGUUGAAGCUUGCGAGGAAUGGGGUAUCUUCCAGGUGGUGGACCAUGGCGUCGAUUCCGAGAUUGUUUCCGAUAUGACUCGUCUGGCUGGAGAGUUCUUUGGUCUUCCGACGGAGGAGAAACUCCGUUUCGAUAUGUCCGGCGGUAAAAGGGGGGGAUUCAACGUCUCUAGUCAUCUCAAGGGAGAGAUUGUUAAAGAUUGGCGUGAGUUAGUAACAUUCUUCACAUACCCAAUUGAGAAAAGAGACUACUCUUUUUGGCCGGACAAGCCAGAGGGGUGGGCGGCGAAGACGGCGGAGUACAGUGAGAAGUUGAUGGGGUUGGCUUGUAAGCUUCUGGAGGUUUUAUCGGAAGCUAUGGGUUUGGAGGAGGAGGCCUUGAAAAAGGCUUGUGUGGACUUCGAUCAGAAGAUUGUUGUGAAUUUCUACCCCAAAUGUCCUGAGCCAGACCUCACCUUGGGGCUAAAGCGCCAUACUGAUCCUGGAACCAUAACCUUGUUGCUACAGGACCAAGUUGGUGGCCUUCAGGUCACCAAGGAUGGUGGACGGACGUGGAUUACUGUCCAACCUGUUCAAGGCGCUUUCGUUGUCAACUUAGGUGAUCAUGGUCAUUAUGUUAGCAAUGGGAGGUUCAAGAGUGGUGAUCACCAAGCAGUAGUGAACUCAAAGUCAAGCAGGAUAUCAAUAGCCACGUUUCAGUACCCUUCACAGGAAUCAAUUGUGUAUCCAUUGAAGAUUAGAGAUGGGGAGAAGCCAAUUCUAGAAAAACCCAUCACUUUCUCUGAGAUGUAUCACAUGAAGAUGAAGAAUGAUAUUGAGUUUGCAAGGCUUAAGAAGCAAACCCAAAAACAAGCUCAAGACUUUGUUGCUUGAUAUCCCCAAUCGCUAAGAUUCAUCAUCUUUAUAUAUGCUUUCAGCUUUUAAAUAAAAAAAUGUAAUUUGGAUCUAUCAACUUUGGUAUUUACUUUAAUUAAAUAGUCUAAACAAUCUAAAAUUAGGAAAAACAGUAUUUGAUUUUAGUAUGUUUAGAUUCUGUGUGCUUUUUUUUCAGACCACGAUUAUCCUUCAAUAAUGAAAAGUGACGUUAUAGUAAUAAAAUUGGAUUCAUCAAUCCUAAAACCUAAUUAAAUUGUAUUUGAUCAUGUGUACAAUGUAACUUUGUUGCUACCAUUAUGAGUAAACCAAGAACGAUAUUAUAA